AUGCUUCCCCGUAGACGACGCGCCGUCCUACCCUCGCUCGGUGACUCCAUCGGGACCCCCGCCAGCAGUGCCGCCGGCCAGUCCACCCCCUCGUCCGGCAAUGUGAGCGGGACCACCCCCGUGCGUGCUGCCGCGGUUACCCCGGCUGCCCCUGCACAGUCAACCCCGUCCAGCCAGCGCGCUCCUGCUCCUACUCCGCGAAACCCUGCAUCCGGGACCCCCAGCACCAGGGUCGAUCCCCCCUCCGGAACCAACACCGCGACGGUAUCCCGUUCCCGAGACGGCACCACAGCCCCGGCUCCAGCGGCCAGAAGAGACAAUGUCCCGGCCCCUGCUCCCAGAACAUCAGCGCAAGACAACCUCAACGUCCCCUCAGCCGGCGCCGCCUCCUCCAGCCGUCUCGCCAACAGCAUGAACCGCAUGCACAUCUCGGGCCGAUCCACCCCCCCGGGCUUCCAAGUCGACCACCGAUCCCGCGACCAACGGCCCUCCGCAACCCGCUGCAUCUUCCGCCGCUACCUCCAAACCAAAACGGCCCCGCGCGCCGGACCCUUCACCACCGACGCCCAAUCCUCCCGCAUCUUCCUCCCCGGCAAAAACGACUUCUCCGUCCUCCCGGGCAGCAUGACAGCCGCAACGCCGUUCCUCCGCACCGUCUACAGCGCCACCGGGGGGCCGACCCAGUUCGCGACUAUGUAUGUCGAGGCCGAGGACUACCUGCGCGCACGGAUUCGGUUGUCGCUGGCGCAUGAGAUGCUGGUGCUGGAUCAGAUGGAGAAUAAGCGCGGGGUGCCGUCGACGGAGGACAACUUGCCGGGUGUUGAUGACUUGGUGUGGGAGUGUUUGAGGCGGAACCAGGUGCAGCCGACCAGUGUGAAUAUGCUGAUGAUGCCCGGCGCGCAGAAGAGUGCAGAGACCGGUAAAUCCGUCGACAAGUUUCUGGAAUCUCUAAAAAAUUGGACGCCAGAGUACUGGUUGAUGAUUCCCGGCCCAGCCCAGCCCAAAUCAACCCAGCCUCACCUCCAAGACCUCCUCCAACAACCUCCUGGCCCCCCCGCAGCUCAAACCCAACCCCCAGCUCCCCAACCCCAAUCCCAAUCCCGACAACAACACGUCACCCGUCGCCAACAACAACUCCUCGCCCCAGCAGACCCCCCAAUCCCCUCCCACCAACACCAACACACCACCCUGCUAAUGUCCUCCCCCCUUGGCCGCAACGCCUCCCUCGUAGCCCACAAACUCAACCAACAAAUCAGCUGGAUCUACCUCACCAAAUCCGAGCGCGGCGACAUCACCCUCGGGUUUUCCCUCAUCGAUCCUCGCGCGCCGGUCCCGCCGGUUACGGAACCGUCUGGCCCUGGGUUUGUGCCUGGGUCUGGACCUAUCCCUGGGCCUGUGGCGGUCGUGCCGGCGGCUGUGGCUGUGUCGGCACCGGUGCCUGCGCCUGGGCGGGGCCAGCCGAACAGGUCAAAGGCCGGGACAGGAGCGGGACAACAAACCCCAGCGGCACAAACCCCGGCACAAACUCCGGCACAAGCACAAGCGCAGGCGGGUUCAGAAGAAGCACACUUCCAUGCUCACUGGCAAGCCCAGGCACAGGCACAGGCACAACAGUCGCAGGGAGCGCAAACUCAGACAGACUCGCAUGGUCAACAGCAAACGCAGAGUAGGAGAGCGGCAAGCCCCUCAGCGGGUGGUAGGCCAGGGGUUAAACCGGGGGCUAGGUCGUCGGAACACAAGGUGGAGAGUGUGACGGAUGGGAGGCCGUGGGGGGCGGAGUAUCAUGUGCCGAAGGUUAUGGUGAAGGGGUUGAGGGGGUGUGGGUGUUUGGUUGUUUAA